UUUUUUGAUAUCCUUAAUCUUUUCUUAUAAAACUUGAACUUUAUCCCACGUAAUUAACGCAUGAAGUUGAUGGAUCUUCGAAUAGUGCUUGAGUUGAUGUCUGUCACAGCUGCAUUACUCCACUAAUGCUAAUUGACUAGUCGUUCUCGUUAACGUAUACGUUGUAAGUCCAUUUAUUCGUUACAUACAAGGAGGUUCAUAGUGAAACAUGUCGUCGUCUCAGAGUGUGCUUCCUCCUCCGCCUGCCUGGCAUGACCGGAUGGACGAUCAGAACGUCAACGAGGAGGAAAAGACCGCGAAAGAGGAAGACCCCUUUAUUCAAUACACUCAGCAUCUGAAGGGCUUCUUACCGACAGCAGGAUCACCGACUAAUGCUUUUGGACGAGGCGGAGAGACGAACCUCAAUACGCCCAGCUCUGGCAGUAGACGCAGUUCCAAAGACAAGACAAAAACGUCGUUGGGAGCUGUGCUGUUCAACCUGUCCUUCCUUUUGAACACUAGCGUUUACCUUCUCUUCGCUUGCGCGGGCUACGAUGCGAUGCAGCCUGGGCGUGGCCAUGGGCGUGCACCUAAUUUUUCACAAGCAUUAGCGGGAUCUGCUGCAACCGGUUCUCCGACUGAAGGUCAAGGUGGUCAAGGAGACAGCGGCCCAGUUGCCCCGGCAACGACACUUAGUUGGUUCGAAGCACUUGGUGAUAGCAUUUCUGGCGACAAGGGUUGGGAAAGACGUGAGUACUUUGCGUUUGUGUCUUUGGGAGUAUGCAUGAUAGGCAGUGGAGCAUACCUGCAAUGGCUCGUCUUCGUCUUCAACGAGAGCGACCACAGACUCGAACUCAGCAAUUUGCCAGACCGUGUCAAGUACUAUAUAAGUUUGAAAGCAUGUGGUCAUCUUUGUAAGAGCACUGUGAUCUACUUACACAGAGAGGUUAGCAUAGAAGCUUCUGUACUACCUCCUAUAUCAUUCAGAAUAUAUCAACACUAAAGCUAGACCUAGUAGAAGUAAGUUGCUGCUUGCUAAAAAUAUGAUUGAUCUUUGACAUAGAAGACACCCUACUUUUUCACUCGCACGACUCCAGGGGAAAGCUUUCCUACGCGGUGGUGACGUAUCUCCUGACAUCCGCUUCCCUCGCGCUGCUUGUUUUGGGUGUAGUUAGCAAGAAAUUUAUGGAAGGUCGCGGCGCAUUUGGUUCUGAGCACGCUCUUUACCCGCAGCUUUCGCAGCUCCAGUGGGGGCUAACUUGCGUAGGUGGCCUUUUUAUUCUGAGUAGCAUCAUCAGCAUGUAUGAGUCGGAGCUACGCGCGAUAGUCGCGGGGAGAGAACGGAAGGCCAUUUGAUCAAGUGCUUGUAGAGCAAAUAUUUAUAGUACUUACCCACAAGGAGAAUAAGAAGGCGCUACUACUAGUUCUGUUGAAGACAUGUUACAAUCCGAAAUGCCCGCACCACCCCAUUUUUCAGAGAGAUGUAUUGUUUUUCCGAUAGAGUUGUAGUGUCUCUUGACUGUUGCGCAUGCUACUUGAGAUUAUCAUUGGACUAGAUGACUUUCCGCAUUAUCGUUACGGCGUUUAGGAGCGGUAAUUACAAUGUGAAUCUACCUACGGUAAAAACUGUUUGUAAAAUAUAGGACUUGGAUCGUACGAUACUAAAGAUUGAAUUAUCUCUAGCUGUACAGUUCUUGACAACAUGCGGUGGCGGUUGAGAAAGGGUCGCUGAGCCACGGAUGUGUGUAUAACAAACAUGGUCGACAUAGCUGCACCAAAGAACAUCUUCAUAUUGAUGACAUUGCCAUGUUUGAACGACCAUCAUGUUCUUCUAAGGUGAAAGUCCGCUUGUCCUUCUCACCCCAAGUCACUUUCGGAUAU